UUCCCCUACUUUUCCUUGUGUUUUUUUCUUUUCUAUUCAGCUUGCACUCUGUCUAGUUGAAUUUGAAUAGACUUUGGGAGGCAACGUCUCCAGUGUACAGCAGCACAAAGUCCCAUGCUUUGAAAAACCAAAAUAUGGCGGGAUUGAAUGAUUAUACUGUUUAGCAAAUUAUAGCAGGACGGCGAUGCGUCUUGGAUUUGUUUUAGAGCUGUAAGGUUUUUGCGCGAACAGUUUUCGGUCCGUCUGGAGUUAAUGGUAUGAAAUAAAUAUGCCCUUUCAUCAAAGGAGUGUUGAGCCGCGGCUUGUUAGUAGGUUAUCGGCGUGGGAUGGCUGGAUACCGAGGGAAGAAACCGGGAGAGGCAAACUGCGAAAACCCGUUUUAUUCUCGUCAUUGGAUGAGGUUGGCUGUCAUACACUUACCAACAUAAUUUACCAACUUUCCGACCUUUCCCGACAUGCCAGCGACAUCUUCCUGGGCAUCGAGAUGGAGGCAGGGAUGGUGUUCAGAAGAUCCUGCAGGAUCCAGGGGCGGCUGCAAAGGCUGCAGGGAGAAAUCCGCAAGUUUGAUCCCAAGAAAAUCAAAAUCCCGGUGUCUAACCUGGAUGAGGAAAGCAAAUGGACGGUUCAUUACACAGCUCCGUGGCACCAGCAGGAGAACGUCUUCCUACCAGGCAGCAGGCCGCCCUGCGUAGAGGACCUCCACCGUCAGGCCAAAGUCAACCUCAAGACCGCCCUGCGAGAAUGCGACAAGUUGAGGAAAGAUGGUUUCCGGAGCUCUCAGUACUACUCUCAGGGUCCCACCUUUUCUGACCCAUUACAGUCCACCAGCAGCCUGCAGGAUGAAGAGGAGGAUGACAAUGAUAAGAAGUCCACAGCUUCAUCAGCGGAGGACGACAAAUCUCAGCUCUCCAUGAGGCCUCAGACCCCGCAGGGAGGGGUUGAAGGAGGGGAGGUGUACGAAGUUGACGGACGCAUUAUAUGGAACAAGGGCGCACCCCUCCCCACCCCAGAGGAGAAGAUGAGGCUGGCGGCUCGGGCCGUGCCCACAGACAUAGUUGCCAUCAACGUCACAGGGGCAGUGUUUGACCGUCAGGCGAGCAUCCGGCGCUCCCUCAUUAACACUGACACCGUGUCCCGCCGCCCCAAGAAGGUCAAACGCAGAAAGACUAUAUCAGGGCUGCCCGACAACUUCAACCAUGAGCUAGCAGCAAAAGGACACGGCGGAGAGCUCCGGCCGCAUUCCAUGUUUAUCCCGGGACAGUACUCCACCUUGGGCAGAGUUGGGAGCGUCAACUCAACUCUCCGACGUUCAGACACCAGAGACUCCGGCUGCCAGACGGAAGAAGUAAAGGUUGUACCCCCUUCCAUGAGGAGAAUCCGAGCUCAGAGAGGACAGGGUAUCGCUGCUCAGAUGGCCGGCAUUUCUACUUCCUCCUCAACAGGAAGUAUAUCCAUCUCUAGUAGUGACAGCUCGGGGAUCUUGAUGCUGCCUCAGUUUAACAGAGAUCCAUCCCGUUUUCACAGUCUGCCUCGACAAGGCGCCAGGGUGUCCCUCAGUGCUGACCCCAUCUAUAGCAGCACCCCUAUAAAGUCAGAGGAGCAAACUACACUUCAGAGGCAGAUUGGAAAGCUUAAGGUUGACGAUACAGUGGUGCACAUGAGAAAUGCCCCAAGGACAGGCACCCUGCCCAGGCCCAAGUCUCAGGAGGUUCGAGGGACGAAGGCUAGUGAUUGGGGUGGUGGCCCAGCAUGUGUGGUCUCCCCACAUGCAGCCUAUUCCACCUCAUUCAUCCCCAAUGCCACCCUGUCUAGCUCCUCUGAGGUCAUUACCCUGAACACCUCCAAUCAGCUCCCCCACUUCCCAGGCUCAGCUUACUUCACAGCUCGAUCGCUCAGUCUGGCUUCCUCCACCAACACUGACCUCAUGACCUCCAGUCCAACAUCCUUUACCCACAGCUCCACCUGUCCAGCCUUGGCCACUUCGACCCCGACUCACACAUCAAAGGAUGGCGGUCUGGUAGUCGCAGCAACUGCUAGUGAGUCAGGGCACUCAGACAGCAGUAUGCACAGCCACAGCACAUUGGCAGCCACGCCCCCAUCCGGUCUGCCAGAGGAACAGUGGAUCUACGACACGCCAGAAAACGUGGUGGUUCCACACCGCACUAUGACCUCCAGCUGCUCCACUCCUAUAAACCAGCUGUAUAGCAGCCUGGAACACUCUUCCAGGACAACUACUGACUCCAGCUCCCUCUAUUCCCAAGACAAUGAUGGAUACUACACCUCCAUGCACCUGGACUCAGGUCUGCGCUCUCGCAGCCAUAGCAGUGGGCAUGGUGUAGCGCCUGCACGGACCACCAGGCACAGCAUGUACGAGUGCCGGGAGAUGGCCAAUCAGGAAGACUCUGGAAGCUUGUACAGCGAUCGCUCGCUGUCCCGCAGCAUCUCUUUCCGCAAGGCCAAGAAGCCUCCGCUGCCCCCAGCUCGCACAGACUCUCUUAGACGCAAGACUUCUGCAAAAAAGCCCCUUGGAGGUGUUAGUGCCAUCAGCGGUGCUAACGAGCCAAAUGGAGCCAUGCUCAAUGAGACUCUAAUUGCCAGCUUGCAGCAGAGCCUGCAGAUGGGGCUGAGAGGCGGGAAAGGAAAAGGGGCUUCACCUUCUUCGCCCUCUCACAGCCCGAGCAGUGACUAUGAUGACCCUUGGGUGCUGCGGCCACGAAGUCAGAGUAGCACCAGUGCGUGUAGCUCUGCAGCAUCACUAGUAGCUAACGCCAACUGUGGCGGUGGGUCUAACGUAUACUCGCUCUGCCAUGUGACGCCUGCUCACAGUGACACCAGCAGCUUGCGCUCAGACUAUGCUGAUUCCUGGGGCUACUACAUGGACUACCCUCGUAACCAUGGAGACCAGAGGUCACAGUCCCCUCCGGCCCACGCCCCAAAUAACAUGUCUGCUGGGGCUCACCCAAGAGAAUUACUGAAUGGAGGUGAGAUUCUCAACAGCAACCAGGCCCCUGGAGCUCCAGGCCAGGAGGGAGGGGUGGCAGUGAAGCCCAAAAUGUCCACCUCCUCACCAGACCGGGUGCACAGGCUAACCUCCCCAUCUAGCGGCUACUCUAGCCAGUCCAACACCCCAACAGCUGGAACCCCUGUGCCGUCGUUCGUCAGGUCCAUGUCUCCCUCGGGCAGCCGGCCCAAGCCCAGAGUGCCCGAGAGAAAGUCAUCUCUCCUCUCCUCUGUCUCAAUGUCCUCCUCUUCCACCUCCCUUUCCUCCAACACCUCAGACUCACUUAAAAGCUCCGGACCUCCUCCUCCACCACCUCCACCCUUGCCCUUCCCCUCCUCAACUCCCACCACCCCUCUUAGCCCACCUCCAUCCUUUCCUCCCCCUCUUCCACCAUGUUCCAGUGCAGGCACUCCACCAGCUCCCCUGUUACCAACCACUCCACAGGGUCAAACUCUGAGCCCUCCCUCUGCUUGCUCCACCUCCCCAGAAUUUCCUCCUCCUCCAUCCCCUGAAAUGUUAAUCCCCUCCAGUUCAUCUUUCAAUGGGAGCUUCAGUCCUCCCCCUCCACCUCCCCCUCCUGUCCCCUCCAUGGGGCCCCCUCCACCUCCUCCACUGCCUGCUUUUAUCCCACCUUCCUCCUCCCCAUCUUUUGUGAAGGCAGUGAAAGAUGCCCCUAAAUCAGCUCUUUCCAACAGCCCAACAAAGUCACCUAAUCCCCUGAUCACCCCAUUUGCCCUGCAGAGCGUUCAGCUCCGUUCGGUUAAACGACCAGAGAAGGAGAUUAACGGAAAAUCAGACCACACCAAAGCUCAGGAAACAGGGGUGGACCUCCUUCAGGGUCUAAAGCCCCUGGAGAAGUCUCACUUCCUGGAUCAUCCCACUGUGAUACAUCUGUCAAACUGCUCCCCAGAAGAAGAUUCACGUAACUCCUCACCAUCGCCUGUGUCAAAGCUCUUAGAAGACUUGUCUUUAGAACUCAGUAUCACAGAUGACACGCCAGAUAGUGCUGUCAUAAAUGGAAAACCCGAAGAUCAGAGAUGCUUUCUUUUAAACAACAAAGAUAAAGUUGAAAGACGGGAAUCAUUGCCUAGUCCCCCACAGAGCUCCCAAAGCUCUCCUGUUAGACAGAAGCCCCCAGUUGUCUCCAAGAAACCCAAAAUAUCUCUUCUCCAACAUUUUAGCCCCCAUCCAAUUAAUAAACAGCUUCCAUCUCAGCAUGAGGAUACACCCAGCCUGCCACAGACAGAAGACCAAGUAGAUGCGCCGCAAAGACAAAUAAAGAGAGAGAGAAAAAGUGAGCAACAGGAGGAAGAGGAAACUUUAGAGAGCUUCGAGCUUUUAGCAGAGAGCUAUGAAACAUCCAUAGCAUCCCAGGAUGAGUCCUACAUGUCUGCUUCUGCCAGCCAGUCAAGUCUUGACCAUGGACUGUAUACCAAUGGAGAGGCUCAUGAGGAGGAAGAUGAGGAGGGAGAUGGAACAAGUAGCACGACUGGAUCCAUCAGCUCCAAGGAAGAAGAUACUGGUGAGGUGUUCUACUCCAGUACGGCUGAAUCGUCUCCGGCCCGGUCAGCCAACAGGGCCUCCGAGGAGAACAUGGUGACCCCGACUGCCACGCGGCCCCGAACCACCGAGGACCUUUUUGCCGCCAUUCACAGAGGGGGCAUGCAGAGGGUGGGUGCAUCCUUUCUAGAGAGGUCGAAGCGCAAGGUCCUGGGUCGUAAGGAGUCUGAGGAGGACAAGUCCCGGACUGGGGGCCAACCCGAUUCUCCACCCGCCACCCCAACAGCCGGGUCCCCGGGGAUAGUGUCUCCAGGGAUGGUGUACCCAGGGAUGAUGUCUCCAGGCACGGUAUCCCCAGGGAUGAUGUCUCCAGGCACGGUUUCUCCAGGGAUGGUGUCUCCAGGCACGGUGUCCCCAGGCCCAACGUCCUCCUUGCCCCGCCAGACAGGCUCCAUCCAGCGCAACCUCCGCAAGUCGGCCACCAGCAGCGACACCUUCAAGGCGCUUCUUCUAAAGAAGGGCAGCCGCUCGGAGACCAGCUUCAGGAUGUCGGCCACCGAGAUGCUUCGCUCCACUGACCCUCGCUCCCAGAGAACAUACUCCGAGUCAGCGUUGGACUCCCCCGCUGCUUCACCCUCCUCACUGUCGUCGCCAAACAGCCCCUGCACCUCCCCCGGCCGCGGUAACAGGGCAAUGCAUGAGUGGAGCCGCUACGAGGCCUUGGCUCUGUCCUCGCCGACUUCAUCGUCCUUUUCAUUGAGCGGGUUAAAGUACGGGCGCUCACGCACGCCGCCCUCUGCUGCCAGCAGCAAAUACAACGCACGCAACCGAAUCCUCAGCAGCCCAAUGACCGUAAUCUGUGAGCGUGAGGGGGAGCUGGCUGAGAGUGAGUACGGAGACACUGCAGAAAGUCUGUCCCGCGGACCUACGGCUCAGACGCUCCCUGUACUCAAUAACUCUAACGGCACUUUAUCUGAAGAGAGCAGAAGUUAAAGAGCAAGGACCGCCCCUUAGAUACAGGGAGCUGAACUCGUCAUAACCAGGUAGGAGGCAGGAAGAGGAGCCAAUAGAAGGCCCUCUAAAUCACCUUCCUGAGCCCCACCCCCUCGGCGCUGCCUCUGAGGGAGUGGGCAUGUUGUCGGGUCCUGAUGUGAGGUCAGAGGUCGCCCCGUCAUGGACCGGGCUGAACUUAGUCUGAAGUGGAGAACCGGUUCUGCUGCAGCUUUUCAAGACUCCCAUGACUCUCACUCUGUUCUUCGUUUGGUGACUCACCCUUUGUGUUAAAAGAAUUGUGUUUCUUUUACGCCUGGUGUUCUUCGUUUGUUUUCCAUUUGUUUUGCUGUUGUUUUUUUUUUACUUUAUCUUGUUCUUAACACACACAUGACCCUUUUAGUUUCUUUGAAGGACAAGGUUAAGACGGUAAACUAAGGUGAAGUGAAGGAAUUGAAAAGUCACAAGUUGUGACUGCUGUUGUGCUACGUAGCUUGGCAGUUGGAAAGAGUGGAACGUAGACUCUCGCCUUGUGAAUCUUCUCAGCUUUUGCUUCUCUUCUGUUGGCUUUGGAAAGUGUUUGAGAGCACCACGGUUUGCAAGUGUUGGCUUCAAACAGCCCAUAAUAUUGUGGAAAGAACCAGAGGAAGUGGUACAUCAGAGAGCUCCACGGUACAACUUCAGCUGCGGUGAUCGGCAGGUUUUGCUUUCUGCUCUUAGGUCAGAGGUUUAGUUUGCAGAGCUGGUUUGUUCAGUGGCUCAUAGGAAGUGCAGAGCGCUCAGUGCUGUCACCUAGUGACGGCCAGGAAGUAACAACAGUCGAGUAUAAAAAGACUCAAUCAAAACAGCAAAUUUACUUUAUAUAAAAAGGCUCAUAAAACCUCUUUUAAUUCAAUUUUAGUUUGUAGAUUUUGCACUGUGCAUAGGUCUUUUUCUUUGUUUGUGACUUUAAAAAUAUGUUUUAAAGAUUGUUUUAAUAAACAAGUGAUGUUAUGACUUGUGUUCAGAAGUUCAGUAUGAAUCUAUAAAUGUAAAGAAAGACAUUGGAGAAGAAAAAAAACCUUAUUUUACUGUCGGGAGUCUUGAAGUGAUCGUGUUGGUUACCAAAGUGCUGAAAAUGAUCUGGAAGUGAACACAAUCUGAGCGUGGGUCCGCUGGUCUGCACACGGUCCAGCCCUCUAACUUUGCUGAGACCUAGAAGCUUUUUAGGGCUUAAAUGAUUUCGAUCAUGCUGUUGACCUUUCUGCUAAGUUUAUCCUUUUGCAGUUUUAUAUGAUUCUGUAUGUAAAUACAUAGAGAAAGGAGUUUUAAGUAACAUUUUGACUUAUUUUCAAAGACUGUACAUUUUUAGAGCCCUGUGUUUGCUGAAAGGGAGUGGUUUCCUUUUUUGUAGAUUAUUUAUUUUCACAUAGCAGGGCUGCGAACGGUGUCGUGAUCAGAGUCAACCAGCGAGGUGAUGGAGGCACAGGGAAGGGGUUAGGAGGGGCCACAUUUACUACGCUGAUCCCACCAUGCUAUUUCUUUAUUUUUAAAAAAAGGUGCUUCAGAGUAACAAAAGAAAUGCAAUAAUGUCAAUAUGAAUGCUAAAGCCUUCUACUGCCCUUAAUCUCGAGUCAUGCAAAGCCCAUGCUGGUGCUCACAGCUGAGUAAAUGUGGUCUCUUCAGAGUCAUAAACUGUGGUGACUUCAUAACCUCCUAACUGCCAUAACACCCUGUGGUUUAAUCACCUGUGACCAAAGUGUGUCUCCCAGCUCCCGCCCGGGCCAUGAUUGAGCACUUGGGGCCCCCGGGGCUCGUCUCAUGACAGGAACACGUCUCAAUCGCAGAGAGCUUGUGAAAAGACGGGAGGACAGAAAUAGUACUGGGAGUGGAGCUGCUAACGCUCUUGUGUAUGUCUGUGUAAUAAAAACAAGGUGAUAUUUAAA